GGAUCCGUGAGAGAGAAGACGCAGCAGACAUUUAAAAAAGUGCCAAAGCUCUCGCUUCCGCUCACCCCUUUGCCCCUGCGAUUGAUUCGUUCACUCAGAAUAACAACGCUCCUCUCUCUCUCUCUCUCUGAAACGGGUCAAUGUCGAAAUCGAGCAUGGAGGUGAGCAACCUCGGAGGAGGAGGAGGAGGAGGAGGGGGAGUGGGAGGAGAUGAAUUCUACGAGGACAUAGAGGCGCCCAAGUUCGUGGACUUCACCGCACCCGAUCGCUACUCUCCUGACACCGACCGUUACUGGUUUUGCUUGCGCGUCGGAUGUGAUCAGAAGCAUGAAGAACAACUGGACGCUGAAGCAGUUUACAAGAAUUUCGUCCUUAGGGUAUUGGCAGCCAGAAGUCCCAAUUUAAGACUCCACAAAGCUUUAACUAGAAAGCCGAUUAAUUCUACGGCAAAAUGUCCGAUGUCAGCUCCUGCGAAACCAUCCAGAUCUAGAUUACCAAGGAUGGCCAUUUUAUCUUCGAUCUCUGGAAAGACAUUUAAUUGUGGUAAAGAGAGGGUCAAAUCUACUCGUCCAGUGGCUACAACCCCUAACACUAAGGCAAAGCAGCCAUCCAAUGUGGCCAAGGCUUUAACAACCCCUAGAAACAACAAGAGAGUCUCGAAUCCGGAACUCUUUCGGAGUGUUAGGGACCCAAAGGUCAAGACUAUUGCCGGGCAGAACAAGAGACUGGUAGCAAAAGCUUUGGCAUUUCCUUCACCCAAGAAGGCCAUGAAAAGUAAAAUCUCAUCAGAGUUGGAUACUACUGUGAGAAAGAUUUGUGCCGGGAUGAAGAAGCUGGAGAUCGCAGGCCAAAAGAGGAACAUACUGGGGUAUGAUACGCCAGCGCCUCUUGGUGGCUCCAAGAAAAAAAUGGGUGCCAGGGAGGUCAAGAGUCGGGUUUUUGAUUCGUUGCGGACGCAAAAGUGCAAGGGUGCAGAUAAAGCUUCUAGAUGUCUGAAGAAAAAGGAGACAGCUGAAGAUUUGAAAAACUGUUCUGGUUCAGCCACAAUUGAAGGAACUUCAGGUGACUCAAGUGACAUGGAUGUCGAUCAUAAGUCCACACGUGGAUCUUUGGAAGCAUGUCUUCUACAAGAAACCUCCCAGAAUACCGCACUAAAUGUACAUGAAGAACUUUUGACGAAUGUAAGCACAUCGGAGAAAAAAUCAGGAGAAAGUAUAAUUGAAGGUUCAUCGAGUACAGUGAGAGUUGAAAAUGCUGAUGAAGGGCUGGGUUUACGAGCCAAUGUAGUUCCUACCGUUCAAGCAGUUCGAGAUGAGGAGAGGACUGAAUUAACUUCUCAGGUAGAGGAUGUGUCAAGCUUAGAGGAGAAAAUUCAAGAAAACACUGGCAAAACCAGUGACCAGAGUGAUGUUCCUGCCAAUGAUGAAGAAAUUGUGGAUCAUGUCAUAGAUAAUGACAACAAAGAAAAUUCCAUGGCCCCUGAUCAUAACAUAGAACAGAAUGGUGACUGCAACAGGAAAAUCCUGGAAAAGCUUGAUAAUCACGAGAAAUAUGAGAAGGUCACUCGAACAUUGAUGAAGAUAAAGAAGAGCUCUAUCGCAGACAAAAGAAGUGGCCAGGGUGGGAAGUAUGUAAAACCAAAACCCACUAAUCCCAAGCCUUUCAGGCUUAGAACAGAUGAACGGAGAAUUCUCAAGGAAGCGAACCAUGAGAAAAAGCUUUCUACGCCAUUGAAAGAGAAUGCAACUUCGCCAGGGUUUCCAUCCAAGAAAAAUAUUCAGAAACAGAGGAUCAAAGCUCCUGAAUCCAUUAUUUCACAAAGAGAAGUCGGACAGAAAAUGGCUGCAUCUACUCCUGAUAGAUACAUUAUGUCGAAACAGCAAAAGAACAUUGCCCAUGCAGUGUUGCGGUCCAGGGAAAGCACAAAAAAGACCAGAAUACUCUCAGUUAAACGACUUGAAGGGCCUGGAAGCGCGCCAUCAAGGAGAAAGGAAGUAACAUGUCAACUGAGUGUCAUAAAGGAGACAUCUGCAAUGGACUGCGAUUCAAAAGAAGCAGCAAAGAUACGAGAACGCGGUGCUUCCUCAGCAACCAAACCUACUGCUUCUGGCACUUCGAGGUCAUUGUCACGAGCCAGAAGGCGCCCAACCAUCCCAAAAGAACCGAACUUCCAUGAUAUCCAUGUUCCAAAAAGCUGCAUCAAGAAACUGACAUGAGAGUGGUAUGCCUUUUCAAAAUUUCUUUGGUUAGCUCAGUGUGAUAGUGUACUGCUGUUCAAUUGUUUCGUUGAUCUGCGCUUUCAGAUAAAUUUGGUGGCUCCUUCUGGGAAUUGUUUGUAACAUGUAACAUAAUAUUCAAAUGCCAAUUGUCCUUAAAUAUGUAUCACUUAAACUAGUUUCUUCUUCUUC